AUGUCGCUGCUGGACUUCCCAGGUCCUUCUACCUGUUUGGAUGAUGGGAUCCAAGUAUCAAAGCCAGAUAAUAUUCUCCUGAGUUCUUGGAAGAGGCUUCAUAUUGUAGAUGCUAGUGGAGCUGAAUUGGAGGCGUGUGAUCUUCAUGUAGAUGAAAGCACUGUGACUAUCCUAGAGAAAUGUAUUGACUAUAAGGCUGGAAGAAAAACUGCUUAUGUUUCUAUUGAGAAUCUAGUCUACAAGAUUGCAUGCCAUGAUUACCAGGCUGACUCUUCUUAUGGUGGAGCAGUAGUUCAAUGUGAAAAUAAUUUCAUAAUGACUGUUGCUGAACCACCUGUGUCAACCUGGCUGGUAACAAUCUAUGAUGGAGCCCAAAAGAAGACGGUUAGCGUGGCAAAUGCCAGAACUUAUGGAUACGACUUGACAAGUGAUGAGCAGAACCUUAAGUUCAAGAUCCGUUAUGAUGCCUUAGGAAUACGUGGGCUUGGCGAUAGCCAAAUUUUUUACCAAGGAGACAUUCGGCUCAUUCUGACAAAUAUUAACCCAAAAAUCACAAUUGAUGUGAAGAUUAGAUGUGUCAAAGGGCCUUUCCCGUGCAACAAUACCCAUAUGAACAUCUCAAUUCCUCCGUUUGAUGGCACUCUACAGUUCAUUGACGUUGGCAAUGUAGCCAUUCCAAUACGCAAUAGUGGUGCUGCACUUCAAAAACACGGGUUAUCAGUUGACCUUAGCAACGGGACCAACGUUACUAUCAGUAAGGAGAAUCUAAAGGAAUUGCCAAUCACUGACCCAAGGAGAUUCUACUUGCCUUCUCUUGUUCUGAUCUUCAUGGUGGAUGAUGAUUUUAUUGUGGCAAUGAGUCUUACUGGAUAUUGUAAGACAACCUUUGUUUCUGGUGAUCCCUUCUGCUCAAAAGAUGGCUUUAUGACUGUUCAGGUGUUGUCACUGCAAACAAGACCUAGUCUGAACGUGGAUACUGUGAUUCUGGGAGACGGUCAAUGCAAGCCGACAAAUAAGACUGCCGGCAUGGUUGAGUUUAAAUUCUCUUUGAAGGAGUGUGGCACAAAAAUGAGGUUUGUAGGUGGGGAUCUCCUCUACGAGAAUGAACUGCGUGCCCUCUGGAAAGAUUUUCCUAGAAGGAUCUCAAGAGACAGUGAGCUGAGAGAGACUGUUCGUUGUCGGUACAAUGUCUCUGAUGGACUUUUGUUUAACGUGAAUGUGCAAACUCCAUCUCCUCCUCCGGUCUCUGUAAGACAUGAUGGUCCAAUUUCCUUCAUGCUAAAUCUCUACGAAGAUGACUCCUAUAAGCUACUGUACCAGGAUAACCAAUAUCCAGUUGUGAAGACCCUCCGUGAUCCCAUCUACCUGGAAGUGCAAGUUCUGAAUCGUACUGAUGCAAACAUUGAGCUGGUACUGAAUGACUGCUGGGCAACAAUGUCUCCAGACCCUACAUCCUCCCCUCAAUGGAACGUUGUUGUAGACGGUUGUGAAGAAGACCGAGAUGACUACCUUACAGUUUUUCAUAAAGUUUCAAAUGUGCUGCUUCCAAAACACCGCAAGCGAUUUGAAGUCAAGGCUUUUGAAUUUGUCUUUGAAGAUGUAUCUAGCUUUGUCUUCUUCCACUGCAGUGCUCUUAUUUGCAGCCUCCAGUCUCCAGACUACCCUCUCUGUACAAAAAGUUGUGAAGGGUCUAGAAGGAAAAGAGAUGAAUUGUUCUUAAACAGGCAUUCUGUGCUGGCCAGUCUUCCCGGACCAUUGCUGUUUGUGGACUCUGAUCCUGCAAAGACCCUCCAAGAUGAGUACAAGGUCAUCAAAGAGAUCACUCUGGGAGUCCUGCCUGCCUUUGGUAUUGUUGCUGUGAUUAUUAUGGUAGUUGUGCUUCUGUCUACAGUCAGAAAGGCAAACCAUUAA